CUGUGUUGGAGGGAGUUCCGCACCUGUCUAUAAAGAGCAUUCAGGACGAUAACAGUCAAGCUCGGUUAAUCACAGUCGUUCCAGUCAAUUCCUCAGGAAUAAUGGCUCACCGAUUGAUCUGGAUUUACGCUGUGCUUCUGUUAGUCAGCGUGAACGUGUCCAGUCAAAAUUCUAACAUGGACAGAGGCUUUACUGGUGUUGAAACUAAGGAGGGUGUUGCGGUGACGGACACUGCUCUUGCUGUACUGAACAGCAAGCUUACCCAGAUCUUCUUCCCAUUGGUGUACAUCGUUGUCUUCAUUGUGGGCCUGCCGGCCAACGCUAUGGCCAUCUGGGUGUUUCUCUUUAGGACGAAGAAGAAACAUCCCUCAUCCAUUUUCAUGGCCAACCUUGCACUGGCGGACCUGUUGUUUGUAAUCUGGAUUCCUCUUAAGAUCGCGUACCAUUUUAACGGGAAUCACUGGAUCUACGGAGAAUCCCUGUGCAAAGUGCUGGUGGGCUUUUUCUAUGGGAACAUGUAUUGUUCAACUGCUUUCAUUAUGUGUAUUAGUGUCCAGAGGUAUUGGGCCGUAGUACAUCCUCUUUCCCAGCAGAAAAGGAACAACAAAUUGGCGGCGGGUGUGUCUGUGUGUGUGUGGCUGGUUGUGUGGGUUAUUACGGUACCUCUCUAUCUUUAUGACCAGACUGUGAAGGUCACCAACCUUGAUAUUGUCACCUGCCAUGAUGUCACUCGUCCUAGUCAAUUACGCUACCCUUCUAUCUACUUCCUGAUUAUGGGAGUUGUGGGAUUCGUAGUUCCCUGCAUAGUAUGUAUAGUGGCAAAUGUGCAGAUGCUGCGUUCCUUGAAGAGCUCGAUGACAGAUGCUACCAUCAGUCAGAAGCGGAGGAAGGCUAUCAUCCUCAUCGUCACAGUGCUGGUGAUGUUCUUGGUGUGUUUCACCCCCAGUAACAUCAUGGUUAUAGUGCAUUACUCCCUGCUCUUUACCGGAGUACAGGACAGUGGCUACGGCUUCUACAUCACCACGCUAUGCCUGGCCAGCCUGAACAGCUGCGUCGACCCCUUUGUAUAUUAUUUCAUCUCAGAUGAGUUCAGAGAACAUGUCAGAAACACGUUUCUUUGUCGCAGCGAGCGCACUGCACAGCGGAUGCGAGUUUCCUUCAGCGCACUGAAGUAUUCAAAGAAAAACAGUACCUACACGUCAGACUCUGGAAACACGCAGAGUACUUCCUACUAAGAAUGAUGUUCGACAACCAUAAACUGUUUUAAAAAUCUGUGAUCUGCUCUACAAUACCUCUUGAAUACUAUAGGAGCUCUUAUUUUAUUAUAAAAUGUUGUAAGGGCUGGAGGGAUAAGCUUCUGAAACGUGCACUGAAUUAAUAUAAACUAAAUGAAAUUUCGCCCAUAUCUAAAAAUAGGCUCUUAAAAGGAUACCCAUAAGGGUUUCAAACCAGCAUUUCUUGGAACUCCAAAUUGGCCUCCUGUUUGACGACAUAGUCACCAUAGAGAUGUUGAAGGGUUUGCCAUUGUGUCACAAGAUACAGGUUGCCUUAAGUUGAGAUUGGAGGCCUGGAAUUUUGUGCACUUUGUUUUGUCUGUCUGUGUUAGCGGGAUUUCUCAGAAUCUUCUCUCAAAUGGCCUUUAAUCCAGUUCUGUGAAAGUAGGCUAGUUGACUGAAUGACUGAAGCUGUAUUACAUUUUGAGCACCUGUUACAGAAACCAUUUUGCAUUUAUUCCUAUUUACAUACUGUAGAUGCGUGUAGAAGGAGCUCUGAAAGAAUGUGAAUGUGUUCUGCCAAUCACACCAUAAGUGACCGAUUUUAGAUGUGUGAAUGUAUAACCAGCAAGAAUAACCUCAUUCUGAUUUGUUCUAAAGCACUAAAUGCUGAAGUGGUAGCACCAUUCACCAUUGUUGUUUUUAUCUGUGAGUGUAUUUUGUAUUUGUAUUUUUUUCUUAAAGAACUGUCUGAAUGUAUUUAUCAAUAAAUUUGUCUUUCUAUGUUCCUUA